UUCCUCAUCCCCUACUUCAUCAUGCUCUUCAUCAUGGGGCUGCCCCUCUUCCUGAUGGAGCUGAGCCUGGGCCAGUACGGGGCUGCGGGGCCCAUCACUGUCUGGAAGUGCUGCCCACUCCUCAAAGGCGUUGGCGUUGCCAUGCUCAUCGUGGCCUCCCUGGUGUCCCUCUACUACAACGUCAUCAUCGCCUGGGCUUUCUACUACCUGGGCUCCUCCUUCCAGAGCCCCCUGCCCUGGUCCUGCCAUGCCCCCAGGAACGUGGACCUCUGCCAGAACACGUCUGGGACAACCAGCUGGGUCAGCGCCAGCGAGGUUUUCUGGAAUGAGCAGGUCCUGGGGGUGACACACAGCUCUGGCCUUGGGGACCCCGGCCCCGUGCAGUGGCCCCUCGCCCUCUGCCUGCUGGCGGCCUGGACCCUCAUCUUCCUCUGCAUGCUGAAGGGCAUCCGCAGCUCUGGCAAGGUGGUGUAUUUCACCGCCACCUUCCCCUACCUGGUCAUCUUCAUCCUCAUCAUCCGGGGGGCCACGCUGGAGGGCUCCCUCAGCGGCGUCAGCUUCUACCUCUCCUCGGACUGGAGCAGGCUGCAGAGCGCCCAGGUGUGGAGCGACGCGGCCUCGCAGAUCUUUUACUCCCUGGGCAUUGGGUUCGGGGGGCUGCUCUCCAUGGCCUCCUACAACAGGUUUGACAACAACGUCAUCCGGGACACCUUGGUCAUCGCCAUCGGGAACUGCUGCACCAGCUUCUUCGCCGGCUUCGCCAUCUUCUCAGUGCUGGGACACAUGGCCUGGAGGAAAAACGUCCCCGUGGGCAGCGUUGUCACCUCAGGCCCUGGGCUGGCGUUCGUGGCGUACCCUGAAGCCCUCUCCCUCCUGCCCGGCUCCCCUUUCUGGUCCAUCCUCUUCUUCCUCAUGCUCCUCACGUUGGGAGUGGACACUUUGUUUGGGAACAUCGAGGGCAUCACCACUGCCAUCCUGGAUGAGUUCCCAGCCCUGCGCGACUGGAGGAGGAAGAUGGUGUUGCUGGGUGUGCUCUGCACCUCCUUCUACCUGCUGGGGCUCCUGCUGGUCACCCAGGGUGGCAUCUUCUGGUUCACCCUCAUUGACACCUACAGCACCGGCUUCGGGCUCAUCAUCGUCGCCCUCUUCAUGUGUCUGGGCAUCGCCUUCUGCUACGGUGUGGACCAGUUCUGCCGGGACAUCGUGGACAUGAUCUGCCGGUGCCCGCCCUGGUGCAGCCACAUGCUGGGCUACUUCAAGGUGUGCUGGGCCUUCUUCACCCCCUGCCUGCUGCUGUUCACGCUCAUCUACACCUUCCUGGAAAUGUAUGGUGUCCCCCUGCGCUACGGCACCUACGAGUACCCCUCCUGGGGUGUGAGCCUGGGGGUCUGCAUGGGCCUCCUCACCUGCCUGCAGAUCCCGCUGUGGGCCACCGUGGCCCUGUGCCGCGAGUCGGGGACGCUGAGCGACCGCUUCCAGAAGGCCACCCAACCCUUGCACUCCUGGAGGACGGCCACCUCCCGGGACGUGGCCGGAGCCGUCGUGGACGUCCCGUUCACCAUCACCCUGACCAGCAGCGACUUCAACGUGCUGCCCCACGGCACCAGCGAGGACUGACACCGGCCCCGGGGCCCCAUGUCCUCACUCAGAGCCCCCCAGGACCCACCUGGGGACGGGGACACCUUCCCAGGGGCUGGCUCUUGGUGCAGGUGACGUCCCCUUGUGCCGGCGCCGUUGCCAACCACCGAGCCCAGGACAUAUUUUAACUCUUUUCUCCUAGAACCGUUCUGCCUGAUCCAAAGGUGUUUCCAGGGGACCCUCCACCAGCAGGACCCUCUGCCCAGGCCCUGCUCCACCUCUGGGUGGUUGUCACCUCUCGGAGCAGGUUGGGGACGGCCGUGUGUGUCCCUGGCCCCCAACCCAGCGCUCUCCGGGCAGCAUCCCUGCCAGCAGCAGCCCCCUCGGGCAGGGGACAAGCCCACCGUGGGGCUGGGAAUGGCUUGUGGACCCCCGGGGUGGGCUCCAGGCCCUACUGGCUACUCCCCAGGAGGUGCUGGUGGCCAGCAGUGCCGGGAGGGCUCGUAUCGCUGUGGCUGGGCUGGCCCAGCAGCCGAAUUGAGC